CCCUCGCCAUAAUGAAAACAGUUUAUGUAAAAGUAAUAGCAACAGUAUCAUAGGUAACAUUACUUAAAUCUGCGUCACUGCUGUACAGUUCCGCGAGUUCAAAUGAGGCAACCGGCCUUUUCCCCGAUCGUGGUUGACCUACAGUAGCCUUUGCGGUCUAACCUCAUUUCUGUCGAGCGCAAUGACACAGUCGGUGCAGUCGGAGCCUUGGAUUUACGGGGUCUCAAGGUUUUUAUUCGGGUCUCUCGCUCAUGUUGUAUCCGCGGUGUUCACAGUGUUUGUGGCGGUGCUGUCCAACCCGGGAUCGAGUCUGUUCUCCUGGCAUCCCUUCCUCAUGACACUAGCGUUCUCCUUCUUCAUGACUGAGGCCGUGCUGCUCUUCUCUCCACACUCUUCUCCGGUCCGCAAACUUUCCCACAAGACCAAAGGCCGUCUGCACUGGGUGCUGCAGUGCCUGUGUGUCACCUGUGCCUGCCUGGGCUUCAGUGCCAUCUCCUACAAUAAACACUUGAACGGCAAACCUCACUUCACGUCCUGGCACGGUCUCCUGGGCCUUGUGACGGUGGUGAUCGUGGGGCUCCAGUCGCUCGCUGCCCUGCCGCUGAUCUACAUCAAACUGGCCAAGGGCUGGUCGCUGGCGAAGCUGAAGCGGUACCAUGCGGUGACGGGCCUGCUGACGUACCUGCUGGGCAGUGGCAGUCUGCUGCUGGGCCUCUGGUCAGCGUGGUUCACCGGCACGGUGAACGGACAUCUCUGGUACCUCGCCGUGCUCUGUCCCUCGCUGAGCGCUCUGGUGGUCAUGAGCCAGGUCACUAAUGCCUAUCUGGCCAGGAAACAGAUGAAGUCCUGACUGGAAGGAGGAUGACUUGUUGGUUCGCUGCAAUAUUGCUUCUGAAAAGGGAAUUAAUACCAUUUGGUCUUCACAAGAGCAAGGGCUUUUUUUCAACUAAGGUAUUCAGUAUUUUGUUUUGCUAAUUUUGACAAUGAACCGAAAGAGAGAUUUCUUCUGUGUAUUUUUUUCUUCUUUGUGCAACUUUACAUUCCACAGAUCCCUUUAUUGAGCUUGCAUAAAAGCGUAAAAAAUAAUUGAUUUUCAAUAUGCAUUUUAACACAAAGCUGUCUAAUUGAAAGUGUCAUUGUUAAGAAAUGCUUUUUUAAUGUACCGAAAAUGGCUCAGACUGAAGUUACUGAUAUGUGUCUAUUUAUCUGUUUGUACAAUUUGAUGAAACGGGUUCAUUUUGAUACAAUGUUUUCUACUGAAAAUAAAUGGAAUCAGGUCAUU